AUGGUCCAGUUGACAAAAUGUAUAUUGCAUCUGCACAAGCAGCUCCAAUAAUAACAAGAUCUAAAACAGUUCAUCCCAACAGAGACAUGCUGCGCUGUACACCAGCUUGUAAUUAUGGAUCCGACUGGGGUGAUGAGACAAGAGAUGACGACAUGAUCACAAUUGACAAGAUCGGUCCUGAACUUUCUUCACCAGUAAUUAAAAAGGAAGGAUCUGAAUUAAUGACAGAAGAGAGACCAUUCACUCCAGGUGAACGACAAGCCAUUCUCACAGCCUUGCCUCCUCUGAAGAGACAAGAUCCAAACACAGAGUUUUGGCGAGAAUUAGACUCUCUUGUCGAAGCACAUCAAAUGACACUACGAGACAUUCACACCAUUGUGAAAGCUAAAAUCCCAAGAGACAGAUGGGAACGCUUGCCAGCUUCAAUAACAACUGCCCAAUGGAUAGAUUUGUGGGUUGAUGACCAGGGACGACCCCUGGGUCUUUGGCAAGCCUUAGAUGUAUUCCGAAAAGAAAUCCAGGAAAUCUUAGGCAGUGGUAAAAUUCCCUUCACAUUAGUGACAUUGAUUAAGCAAAAGGAUGAUGAAUCUCCAGAUGAGUAUGCUCUACGUAAGUGGAAUGCUUAUGAGAGAUGGGCUCUCUGUGCUAAGAAACAACCUGACAGAGAUGAUGUACAGUUCAUUGACACACUUGUGGAUGGACUUGGCCCAAAAUACCAACAAGCCUUAUCACUUGGAGUCAACCCAGGUGAGACAUUUGACCAAAUCAUGCAAUGGGCUGGCCGUUUGGAGAUGGCUAUGAGGUCAAACAAAGAAGAAGGAAACAAGCCAUACCGAAGAGGAGUGGCGACAGCUCAAUACAACAAAGACACAAAGAAUAAGAUGGUUUUCUGCAGCAAUUGUGGAAAACGUGGACACGUUAGACGAGAUUGCUGGGCUAAAGGAGGUGGAGCAGAAGGUCAAGGUCCAUCAUUUAAACAGGUCAGUACCAAAGACCAUAAUGAAAAUUCUCAAGAGAAGACGUUGACUGAAGCACAAGUCCGUCAGCUCAUUGAGGGAAUUAUGCGUCCGCAAUAGGAAUUAGCGGCCCCCUGUAUUAGUAAGAAAAAAGACAAUCGCCUUUUCGUUAAUGCAUUAAUAGGGGGCCACCCAUGUGAUGUUUUGGUUGACACAGGCGCCUCAAUUUCAAUAACAGAUUUGAACCUACCUACAACAGAGGAAACUAUGGAAGUUGAAGGUGUUGGAGGUGGUAUCACAAAAUUUCGCAAAAGUAUUCAAGUUCCACUGCAAAUACAUGAAGAUGAAGUCUUAUGGACAUCUUUUUGGGUGGGGCCGAAUUCACAAGGAAGCCUAAUUGGCAUGGACAUUCUUCCAUUGUUAAACAUGAUCAUAUUCACUGACAGUCGUCAUAUCGCCACAACUGCUGGGAUAAUACCACACGAAGAUCGCACAUGUAAUCUAAGGUCUGUUGGUACAGCAAAACCAAUUAUCAGGAACUGGACAAAAGAUGGUGUGUGGGGUCUUCUAUGCAGUUUGUAUCCAGAUGUUUGGGCUAAACACAAACUGGAUUGUGGUAAAGCCAACAUUGACCCCAUUGUUAUUGAGGGACCGACACAUGCCCCUCAUAAACAAUACCCUAUCAGACCUGAAGCAAGACGAGCCGUGGAGGAGAUAGUGGCUGACUUGGAAGCUGAAGGUAUCAUCAGACAAACGUCAUCUACCACUAAUAGUCCUGUCUGGCCUGUCAAGAAAUCAGAUAACUCAUGGCGAUUAACCAUUGAUUACACAAGACUUAACAGUGUAACACCAAAACCGCAUCCUAUUGUAGCCAAUCCUGCCACUAUUCUGAAUGAUAUUCCAGGAAAUGCUAAAAUUUUUACGGUACUGGAUGUACUGUCUGCUUUCUGGUCUAUACCUAUAGACAAAAGAUCUCAAGAGAAAUUAGCCUUUACAGUAGGCGCAAAACAAUAUGUUUGGAACAGACUCCCACAAGGUCUUAAUAUUUCUCCUGUUGUAUUUCAUAGAGCUUUGAACCAGUUCUUAACGGAGCAAAAAGCUGAAAUUGAGAAAUCAGGAAGUGUCUGCCUCCAAUAUGUUGAUGACUUGUUGAUUGCAAGCCCAGAUGAAAGAAGCCAUAUAUUUGCUCUGAAUGUUGUCCUACAAGCCCUUAGGAAAGGGGGAUUUAAAGUUAACCCCGACAAAGCACAGCUGGCCAAAUCCAAAGUUAUCUAUUUGGGCCAAGAAAUAUCUAUGGAGGGAAGGAGAAUGACAACAGAGCGUGUAGAAGCAUUACGACAUCUUCCAAAACCUCUAACAGUUACAGGAAUGCGGAAGGUGAUGGGACUUUUCAACUAUUGUCGUCAGUAUAUACCCGAAAAACUGACUUCAGCUCCAGCUUUGGGACUUCCCGAUGGACGAUUGCCGUUUCAUUUGUGGACCAGUGUAGGGGAUGAGACGUAUUCAGCAGUACUGUGUCAAAAACCAGGUGAUCGAUACAGACCAGUUGGAUACUUUUCCACAAAGAUUCCUGUCACUAUGAUUGGGCAACCACGAUGUAUACAAGCUCUCGAUGGUGCCACAUGGGCAGUGGAUGCUGUUGAGAAUCUGAUAGGAGCACAAACUAUCAUAUUGCACACUCCACACAGUAUAGUGACAUUGUUGAACAACACAAACAUCAAAACCAUAACCGAUGCAAGAAGAGCAAAAUGGGAAGCUACUUUGUUGAACAAGGAUUUGAGAGUGGAAAUCAUCAGAGACACGUCUCUUAACCCUGCAACAAUGAUGCUGGAACCACAUGAGGGAAUACCACAUGAGUGUGUAAAACAAGUCGAAGAAGAUAGCCUUGGUCCUGUUAAUCCAAUCCCUCUUGAAAAUCCAGACAAGGAGUUAUGGGUUGAUGGAUCCAGUUACUAUGUUGAUGGAAAACGACACACUGGAUGGGCUGUAGUGCAAGCUGAUGGAACUGUUGUGAAGAAAGGAGCUCUUCCUGGCAAACUUUCAGCACAAGUAGCUGAGCUUAUAGCACUUACAGAAGCUCUUGAAUUAUCUGAAGGAGAACGAGUCAACAUCUAUACAGAUAGUCGAUAUGCUUUUGGUGUGGUCCAUGACUACCUUGCCCUGUGGAAGAGACGUGGACUCAUCACCAGUAGUGGGAGCGAAAUACAACAUGCUUCCAUAAUUCGUCGCUUAAUUACAGCAUGUCACUUACCUAGAGAAGCAGCCGUGAUCAAAGUAAAAUCUCAUCAAUCUGACAAGUCCAAAGAAACUCAAGGAAACACGGCAGCAGAUGCAGCAGCUAGAGAAGCAGCUCUACUCCAUCCUACUCCUGUUACCCUGGUAAAGGAAAAUACCAAGGAUAAUCCUGAGCUCCAUCUUCUGUCAUAUCAAUUGGAGACAGAUGAAGAGAAAGAACAAUGGAUAAAAGCGGGAGCGAAAGAGGAUGAUCAAGGAAUCUGGAGAAUUCCAACAGGACAAGUAGUGAUGCCUAUCGGAACAAGAAGAGAACUAAUGCAGCUGUAUCAUGGAAAAGUGCAUGCUGGAGCAAAAGCAAUGAAAGCUCAAAUUAGUGAAACUUGGUGGUGGCCAAGAAUGAUGAGAGACAUUGAUGAUUAUUGUAGGAGAUGUUUGAUAUGCCUCAAAGCAAAUGUGGGAAAAUCUGUAAAGGUGCGAAUGUCACAUGCACCCAGACCAACAGGUCCGUGGACACAUCUCCAAAUUGAUUUCACAGGACCUUUAUCACCUAGUGGAGGGUAUCAAUAUAUACUUGUAAUCAUGGACAAUAAUAAGAAAGCGCGAGAAGCUCAACAGCAAUGGGAUGAAAAACACACCACUACUGACAUUCCACACAUUCCCGAGAUAGGCAGUUUUGUUAUGAUCAAACGAAUUGCUAGGAAGGGUUUAGAGCCUAGAUUGGAAGGACCUUAUGAGAUACUCUUAACAUACAAGUGUUUGUCUCAAAGGGAAGGGUGUAGGAACAGAUAGAUGGUAUCAUUGGUCACAAGUUAAACCUUGCUUAGUGAAUAAACAAACUGUUGAGACUGAGCAAUGUUCAUCGAUUAGUUUUAAAGAUUGGGAACAAAUAAGUGAUGCUAACUAUUUUUCUGCUUCCAUUUCAGGAAUCAAUUCCAUUGACAUUUAUUAAAGAUGGUUGCAAGUUAUUAUGUAUUCCUUACAAAACAUUACCUCACAAACAAUGAACACCCGCUUACUGAUUCUCAACCCCAAGGGAUAGGACCCUUUAACAUCAACGUUUAUUUUAAUUUCUUAUUUUGGCUCGGAACUGGGGGAUUUAAUUAGUUACGAGUUAAUUAAUUAAUGAGUCCAGGCACGAGCGGAAGAAUUAUUAGUUUUUCCUUUUCUUAGAUGAUUGGGGUUCAUUUUAAAUACAUACACAUAGAUAUUAAAACACACAUAGUAUACGGGGACAUAACACGGGUUGGGGUUUUUGUUCUUUUGUUCUUUUUGUUCUUUGUUUUGUUUUUCCUUUUCUAUUCUUCUGUUCGUUCUGUCUAUUUUCUUGGUCUGCUAUUUCUUCUCCUCACUAUCACUUCUAUAGGUUGGCCACCUGGGAAUGAUGGUGUGGAACUUACGGCCGUAGUUCCAGUGGAGGGAGAUGAAGACUAAAAUUUCAUCUUUUAAUAUUAUUUCAUUAUUAAAUAUUAUGUAUCUGUAUUAUUAUUCUUUAUUAGUUUUCAUGAUCACUGUAUUAUCCUUUUGGAGUUUCAAAAAGCAUGAGUUAAAAGCAUGAGGAACAUAUGUCAGGGGAAAGCUAUAUAUUGCUCAGAGAGGUAUGUGUGCCAUGUAACAUGUUCACUCAGCAUAAAUGUUUCCACUGAUGCAAGUGUACCACAGAUGUACACAACAAGGAAAGUAGCGCACGUAUGACAUUUACGUUCUAAGUUGAGAAGCUCAGAGCAACAUGUUUGUUACCUUACAAGGAAGCUGUAAGACUGUGUGAUGUAUAAAAACUCAAUGUCACAUUGUACCACCCUUAGAGAAACAUGUAGGCAUGACCGGGUGAGAGGGUAGAGGAACAUGGAGAAACGCAUAGACCAGGCAUGAACACAACAUCAUGAAGUUUCUCUCCUGACAUAUAUAUAAUAUAUAAUAAAACUUUCUUGGCAAGAUAA